GGAGAAGAGACCAAUUGGAAACUGAAGAAGAAGAGAGAGGAGGAAGAAGACUUUCUCUUCUCUGUAAUGUUUAUCUAUAUUUAACUUUAACCAUUUUCCUCUCUCUGCUGUAAGUCGAAGGAAGAGAGAGAGAGAGAGAGAGAGAGAGAGAGAUGGUUUGUGAGAAUUUAUUCACUUUGCUCAUAAUCUUCUCAGUAGCUCUGAUCACAUACAACGUGAUCAUAUCUGCAAAUGCUCCUCUCAAGCAAGACUUCCCUGGCCCUGGAAAGUCGUCGUCACUUCGUCUCUUCUCGGUGGACCCCAUCAUCAAGAUGCCGGUCGAUCGAUUGAAAGCCAAUUACAAGAAGAGGCUGUUUCACACGGCAGUCACGGCUUCGGAUUCAGUGUACAACACAUGGCAAUGUAGGGUUAUGUAUUACUGGUUCAAGAAGUUCAAGGAUGGACCCAAUUCCGAAAUGGGCGGGUUUACGAGGAUUUUACAUUCUGGAAAGCCUGAUAGGUUCAUGGAUGAGAUUCCCACUUUUGUUGCUCAGCCCCUCCCAGCUGGAAUGGAUCAGGGUUAUAUUGUUCUGAAUAGACCUUGGGCAUUUGUACAGUGGCUUCAGGAGGCAGACAUAAAAGAAGAUUAUAUACUAAUGGCAGAACCAGACCAUAUUAUAGUCAAGCCAAUACCAAACCUGUCAAGGGAUGGGCUUGGAGCUGCAUUUCCUUUCUUCUAUAUUGAGCCCAAAAAGUUUGAAACAAUUCUCCGUAGGUUCUUCCCUGUGAACAAGGGGCCAAUCACAAACAUUGACCCCAUAGGAAAUUCUCCAGUCAUUAUUGAUAAGGCAUCUCUUAGGAAGAUUGCUCCCAUGUGGAUGAAUGUUUCUUUGGCAAUGAAGAAAGAUCCUGAAGCAGAUAAAGCAUUUGGAUGGGUGCUUGAGAUGUAUGCUUAUGCUGUUGCAUCAGCUCUGCAUGAUGUUGGUAACAUCUUGUACAAGGACUUCAUGAUUCAGCCUCCUUGGGACAAGGAAGUGGGCAACAAAUUCAUAAUUCAUUAUACUUAUGGAUGUGAUUUUGAUAUGAAGGGUAAACCAAUGUAUGGAAAGUUUGGAGAAUGGAGGUUUGACAAAAGAUCAUAUGACCAAACGUGGCCUCCAAGGAAUCUUCCAUUGCCCCCAGCUGGUGUCCCAGAAAGUGUGGUAACCUUGGUAAAAAUGGUGAAUGAAGCAACAGCAAACAUUCCUAACUGGGGAAUAUAGGUAAAAAUACUAUUGACCUACUACUGGAGGAUAUAGAUCAGCCCUGGCGGAUGGUGGAAGUCCAUAUGCUCCAGAGUUGUAAUGUGUAAGUUGUAAUUUUAUCAUGUCUUUUCAGUGCUUCAACAACUACCUAUAUCCAGGUCACGAGAAGGAUGGAAAAUUCUGACAUCUGAUACCAUCAAUCAUAUUUGUAUUUUUCUCUUCUUGACAGAUUUGUUACUUUUCUAUCCGGUAUUUGAAGAUGAGAAGGGAAAAGAGCUAUGCUUGUGUAUUUUUCAUAAA